GGCGCGGGAGGGGCGAGCAAGCCAAAGCCAUGAGCAACCAAUACCAAGAGGAGAGCUGCUCCGACAGGCCCGAAUGCAAAAGUAAAUCGCCAACUUUGCUCUCGUCCUACUGCAUCGACAGCAUCCUGGGCCGGAGGAGCCCGUGCAAGAUGCGGCUGCUGGGAGCGGCGCCCAGCCUCGCUCCGCUGGCCGGCAGGAUCGAGCAGGACAAGGCCGGCCAAGGACCGGCCAAGGGCAGCCCAGCGGGCUUCGAGGCUGCCGAGUUGCACCUGCCGCCCAAGCUGCGCCGCCUCUACGGGCCUGGCGGGGGCCGGCUGCUGGCGAGGGCCGAGCGGGUAGAGGCGGGCGCCUCGUCCUGGGACUCGCUCAAGAUCAGUCAGGCGCCACAAGUCAGCAUCAGCCGCAGCAAGUCGUACCGGGAAAACGCGCCCUUUCCGCGGGCCGCUGCCGCCCUCGACGAGCUGUCCAGCGGAGGAGGCGGCGGCCUCGACGGCAGGCCCGGCCGGGACGACGAGUUGCUGGACGACGACGAGGACGACGACGACGACGACGAUGAGGAAGAGGCCGAGGAGCUGGACGAGGAGCUGGAGGACGACGAGGAGCUGCUGGCCGAGGCCAAGGAGGCCCGGCGGACCGCUGGGGGCCCCGUCGGAGUCGUCGGGGGACCUGGCGCGGCGCCGGGGACUGAGGGCGCCGACGGCUGCUCUCCCAAGGAGGAGCUGCUGCUGCCGGUUGACGAGUUGGUGGAGGGCAAGGACGGCGAGGACAGCGUGUGCCUAUCGGCCGGCAGCGACUCUGAGGAGGGGCUGCUCAAGAGGAAGCAGCGCCGCUACCGCACUACCUUCACCAGCUACCAGUUGGAGGAGCUCGAGAGGGCCUUCCAGAAGACGCACUACCCGGACGUCUUCACCAGGGAGGAGCUGGCGAUGCGCCUGGAUCUGACCGAAGCCAGAGUGCAGGUCUGGUUCCAGAACCGGAGAGCCAAAUGGCGGAAGAGGGAAAAGGCCGGCGCCCAGAGCCACCCGCCCGGCCUGCCUUUCCCUGGGCCCCUGUCGGCGUCUCACCCGCUCAGUCCCUACCUUGAUGCUAGUCCUUUCCCUCCUCACCACCCAGCUCUCGACUCCGCCUGGACGGCCGCCGCCGCCGCAGCUGCAGCCGCCGCUGCCUUCCCCAGCCUGCCGCCUCCUCCUCCCGGCUCGGCAGCUCUGCCCCCCGGCGGGACCCCGCUAGGCCUCAGCACUUUCCUGGGAGCGGCCGUGUUCCGACACCCGGCCUUCAUCAGCCCCGCCUUCGGCAGGCUCUUCUCCACCAUGGCCCCGCUGACGAGCGCGUCCACCGCAGCCGCCCUGCUGCGCCAGCCGGCCCCGACCGUGGAGAGCGCCGUGCAGUCGGGAGGUCUCUCGGAUCCGGCCACGGCGGCAGCGGACCGGCGUGCCUCCAGCAUCGCGGCGCUGCGGUUGAAGGCGAAGGAGCACGCGGCGCAGUUGACGCAGCUCAACAUCCUCCCCGGGAACAGCACGGGCAAAGAGGUGUGCUAAGCAGCCCCGACGGGGCGGGGCGAUGCCGGCCAGAGAUCGCCUGGCGGAGGAGCGAAACCCAAGACCAAAACGGGAGAGCGAGCGAGAAGCAGACAGACACAGACAAAGAGAGACCGAGGAUCCGCGGCGGAGAGCUUCUCCUCCGGUUCGGUACUCGGAGCAAGCCAGGCUCCUGCUUUUAAUGCUUCCCUCGGGCCAUUCAGCAGGAGAAGCUCCUUGGCUGGGACUACCCCACGCAACCGCCACCCCUUCCCCAAUGUCAAUCCGUUUCUUGAACACCCAAGUACAUCCCAAGUUGGAGAAAGAGAGGACCUUUUGGAGCGGGGCGCGAGGGCAGGUAUGACGUGACGGCGCAGCCCACGCCCCUCUCUCUCCCACACGUCUAGCCUUGUCACCCUGGGCCGAUCUUAAGAGGAGCUUUGGGAGGACGUCGAAACCAAGGAUGCUGCUUGGGCCAGGCCAAAAGGAAGCCAAUGAUGCGAUGCUGUGUGAAAACGAACCGCUGCACUUAAUAAGGC